GUUGUCUGUCCUGUUAUAUGUCCAAAACAAAGUAAGUUUUCUGAAUUAGAAUUUGUGUAUAUACUACAACAAUUGACGGUUUACAUUUUUUCAAAGCGACGAUCUCACAAGAUUCAUCAAUUUCCUCGGCCUACCUGCAGUGGCUUGUGCCACUUAACUUGCUUUUUCGAGAAGAGUGCAUAUAUAGUUUGUGACCUUUGUCAAGGCACACUUUUUGCCAGAAGCUCGUGUAUCAGUGUAUACAUCGUAUUACUAUGCCGUGGACUCCUGAUCAAAGGCAAAGACUAGCGGUAGAGAAGGACAUACUUGAAAAAUAUUUCCCUGGGAAAGUCAAAUGGGUCGAUCCGACUGGCAACACUAAAUUGGAUGUGACUAUGAUCACAAACAGCAAUCAGACUUACUGCCUACGUCUGUAUGUUCCAGCUGAUUUUCCAAACAGCCUACCUGUCAUGGUUGUGAAAAGCUCACCAAGGCCUAUGCCUAACUUGGGCGAUUGGAGGGCUUCUCACACUUUAGGACGUAAUGAUGAGGGUUUUAUAGAAAUUUGCCAUUAUCGUAGUUCUCACUGGAAUGGUAUGCAUACUUUUUACGAAGUUUUUGUGAAAGACAGAUUGUGGUUGGAGGCUUACGAAGGUCAUAUUUCAACAGGCAACUCGAUAGAUUAUUACCUUGGCCACAUGUGAUUAUGUGCAUGUAAUUAAAUGAAUGAAACAGAUGAAAUAAACUUCUAUGGUUUUGUUGAUUGUUCAUGUAGGUCUUAAAAAAGGAACAUGGGACUGAAUUUAAUAAACAAAUACUGAAUGAGGUUUUUGUGAUGUUCAUUAUUAUUGUAUUUAGCCGUAAGCUGCCAGUAUGGCCAAUCAGAU